GUCAGACUUUCCAUUGGAUUUGCUCAACGCCGCCGCGUCAACGCGUUUAUAACGAAAGUUUGAAAUAAACCGACGCAAUAUACGAGUGAAAAACUCGGAAGAUCGUCAAAACUCAUUUGUUCUACGCGAAAUAUUUCCAAACAUAUUUUGAGACGAAAAUUUAACAAAAAUGGUGAACAUUUUGGAAAUGAGUAACGAAGAGUACAAAUCGAAAUGUAAAGAAAUAACAAUCCGUUACGGCCGUCACGAAACACCGUUCGGAGAGUGUCUCAUUGGAAUAACCGGUGUAGAAAAAGCAGUUUGUUUUUUCUGGUUUGUUGACGACAAUUUCGACGAAUGUCUGGAAAUUCUGCGCAAAGAAUGGCCUCAAGCAAAACUCUCCGAAGAUCAAACCGACACUGCAAAAAUAGCAAAACAGAUGUUUUCGAACGUCGAGCGAGAAAAGCUUUCGGUUUUAUUGCGUGGAACAGAGUUUCAAAUAAAAGUUUGGAAAGCGUUAAUGAAAAUCCCACCCGGUGAAGUUACAACUUAUUCGAAAAUUGCUGAAGAAAUUGGCCAUCCGACAGGCAUCAGAGCUGCUGGAACUGCUAUGAAAAACAACAGGAUUGGCCUCCUCGUUCCUUGUCAUCGGGUCACUGCCAAAAAUGGUGUCAACAAGUACACCUGGGGCUCUGAUCGAAGAACCAAAAUAAUGGAAUUUGAAAAGCAAAAAAAAUGGUGAACUUUCUCAUCCACGUUUUCCAAUGAAAAUGGUUUUUUGUUCCUCCGAAUCUCAUACCAGUAGAUUAUCACAAAGUUUCUUUUUCAUUUUGUUUCUACAUACAAGUUCUUACGAUUUGUUUUAAUUCAGUGUUAACUUCAACCAUCUGCUGUAAUAGAAAACAGCUUCUAUAUCUACAAAACAUGAUGAACAUAAGCAUAAUAUUUGAUAUUAUCAUUUUAUAACGUAAUACCAUAGUUUAUAAGCAAAGUUUAUAUUUUUUCAAUAAAAAUCUGAUUUGUCGAAA